AUGUCGUUUGAAGAGGAAGAAGAUGAGACCUUCGAACACACUCUUCUCGUGGUACGAGAGGUCUCCGUCUACAAGAUCCCACCAUUAACAACAUCCGGUGGCUACAAGUGUGGCGAAUGGCUCCAAUCCGAUAAGAUCUGGUUCGGUCGUCUCCGUGUCGUAUUUCGUUCUCAGGAUCGAAGAUGGGCAAGGGAAGCAUGCGAAGGUGAAACCAUAAGAAUCAGUGUGAAGCCCAAACCAACGACCAGUGGAACUGGAAUGCUCUCAACUGCUCUUUCAGGUAAUGGGAAAUCUAAACCACUUGCGCUUGCACCACCACCAGGCGGUGCAAAAAUCAGGUCUCCUUUACCACCGCCUCCAAACGAUUCUGUAACCUCGAGAAUAACAUCUGAUGGUUGUAAGGAAUCAACCGAGAAUUCAAGACCACGGAAUGAUUCACUCUCUGAUUUCUCUCAGCUCAAGGGAAAUCUUCCUUCAACCAAUUCGACAGGAGCUGCGUCGGGAUGGGCAGCUUUCUGA